AUGGCUGCAGUGAUUGGUUCAAGACUUCUGCAGCACGUACUACAGACGAUACCUACAGCAUCCGUACACAUGUGGUCUGACAGUCAAAUUGUUCUUCACUGGCUGUCAUCCAACCGGAAGUUGAAAACAUUUGAACAGAAUAGAGUGACUGAAAUAUACAAUCUUACAGAGAACAAAAGGUGGAUGUUCUGUCAGACCGAGCACAAUCCGGCUGACAUGUUGACAAGAGGAAUGACAGCUACUGAAUUUCUGAAGAAUAGAUUAUGGGAGAAAGGUCCUGAUUGGUUAACUGAUGAAAGUCGGUACCCGAGCCAACCAGCUGUUGUAACAACUGUUUUACUCGCAGAAGAACAAGAUGAUACACUUGUUACCAUGACAACCUACGGCAUUCACAAUGUCAUUGAUAUCAACAGGUUUAGCCGUUACAGAAAGCUUCUUAGGGUGACAGCCUAUAUGAUGAGAUUCAUUCAACAUUGCCGAUCUGCGAGAACUUCCGAUAAUACGUCAACUCUGACGUUAACUGUAAAAGAACUUGCCGAUGCUGAGAAGUUGUGGCUUCAUAAUUGCCAAGCAACCACAUAUAGCGCUGAGAUUACAUGUAUCAAGACCGGAAGGAGAAACCUAACGCUUGUUAGGCAACUACAAUUAUACCUUGACAAUAAUGGCUUCAUUCGCUGUGGUGGUAGGAUUCAUAACGCCCCUUUAGCUGAGCAAACCCGAUUCCCAUAUCUGCUUCCGGCAAACCACCAACUGACGAAACUUGUAAUUAUAGACGCCCAUGAAAGACACUUACACGCAGGUACGAGUGCACUUAUUACCCAUAUACGCCAGAAAUAUUGGAUUCCAUCAAUACGCCAGUGUAUUCAGAAAUUACUCCGGAAGUGUAACCAGUGCCGCCGAGUGUCAGGAAGACCGUACACAGCGCCAGAUCCCCCACCUUUGCCAAAGAUACGAGUUCAAGAUACACAACCUUUUACUGUGACUGGAGUUGAUUUCACCGGAGCUUUACAUUUACGAGGAAAAAACAAAAAUGAGAAGGCAUACAUUUGUCUUUUUACUUGUGCUUCGACCAGAGCUGUUCAUCUAGAAGUAGUCUCAGAUAUGACUGAAUCUUCAUUUUACAAGCGUUUAGGCGAUUCAGUAGCAGAAAAUCUCUACCCAAGGUUAUGA